AUGUUGAAGACCCUCCUCCGGCCCACCACCCGCGCCCCCUGCGCGCGCGCACUCGCGCGUCGCCGCAUAUUCUCAUUCCCCCCACUACCAGAAGCUUUCUCUAACGCGCCCCAGACCGUGCAUGAGAGCAAAGUCCUUCCGUAUACACAAAAGGAGCUGUACGAGGUUGUGUCCAACGUCGAAUCCUAUCCACGGUUCAUCCCCUAUUGCUCAGGCUCGCGAAUACUCGAGAGGCCAUCGCAUGAAGAUGGCAAGCACUUCAUGAAGGCCGAAUUGACUGUCGGCUUCAAGCCCUUCAACGUGAGCUACACCAGCCAUGUCACCUGCAUACCGCACUCCUUCGUCGAGGCGGUCGCCGCUCCCUCUGCGUCCAAGACCUUCAAGACCCUGUCUACUGUCUGGAACUUCAAGCCGGCACAAGAAGAUCCCAACUCCACCCAUGUCACCAUCGACCUUUCCUAUGCUUUUACCAAUCCCUUGCAUGCUGCCGCCAUGACGGCCGUCUUCAGCAAAGACCCGAACAUCAUGAUACGCGCUUUCGAAAAGCGUUGCGCUCAUGUCUUCGGCAGAAGAUAG